AUGACUAUGAAGGACAACAUGACGAAACGGUCUCAAUCCAAGGGAGGAACAUCAAAUGGACCAAAUUUGGGAACCGGAAGAGGUAAGGAGUCCGAAAUGUACCUCUGUGACUCCAGAUUGAGGAAACUCACUUGUAGUGU